AUGCUAACGGGUACUCGCGAUAACACGAUUACUCGAUUCAGGAACACGGAAAAUUAUUACAAUAAAACGGGGCGCGAUCGCGCUUCCAAAAAAAAUUUGGAUAUCACCGAAAAGGGCCUAAAUUCGUUCGUGCGUGGGGCCGGCCGUACUUUUAUAACGCCCGUCUCAGGGGCCGGCCGUACUUUUAUAACGCCCGUCUCAGGUGCAGCUGGGGCAUCAACCUGUGCGCCCCAGUGGGGCACCGAGCGGGCGUUGCUGAUGAUGGGCCCGGCUGAGGUGCACUGCUGGGUGCAAUUCCUCCGCACCCAGCUGCACCCAGCCGGGCGCCGCCGCUGCUGGCCAGUUGGCUGGCGGCGGCGGCGGCGGCGGCGGUGGCAUAUAGACGCAUCAUCAUCAUCAUCAUCAUCAUCGUCAUCAUCAUCAUCAUCAUCAUCAUCAGUUGCCGCCAUUCCAAUCAACUGCUGUAAAGGCCAUCGGCAUCAUGAUCAUCAUGAUCAUCAUCGUCAUCGGCAUCAUUAUAAUCAUGGUCAUCAUCAUCAGUUGCCGCCAUUCUUGCUGGCUUGA